AUGGCAGCCAUUUCCGAGGCCUUCAGCUCACUGGAACUGCACGAUGAGCCGCAUCCUCGCCACCACUUGUUCGACUUUCUUGCUCUGCCCGGCGAGUUGCGAAACCAGAUCUACCGCCUCACGCUGACUACCGAUCCACCCAGGCUAGACCGGCAGCACAAGUACAGCUGCGAUUGGUGCACGUGGGACCCGGACCAGCCUCAGAACCGGAUGGUCGACCAGACUGGCCAGAACUUGCCAGGCUGCAGAUGCUGGGCCCGACGGGGGCUCGCCCUCCUCCUGGCUAAUCGCAAAAUCCACGAGGAGGCUGCCCCAAUCUUUUGGGCCGAGAAUCACUUCUCAUUCCAAGGCGUCGAUAGUUUCAUCCGCCUUGUUGGCGGAUCCCUGCGGCCUCAGUAUCGACAGAUGAUCCCCCAUGUCACCAUCUAUUUGGACCCGGGCUUGAUCACUUGGAGGAUGGACAUGGACCUUCCUCCCGUGCGGUUCUGGGAUGUAUUGUUCGAAUGCAAAGGUCUCCGCGAAUUGGAAAUUCCACCGUAUCGGAGGUGUAAGCAGGGUUCCACAGAUAGGCGGCUCGUCGACACGGAAUUGGCUUGCUGGGAUCGUUUGACAAGCGAGCUGCCCAAUUUGAGGGCGUUCUCAUGGUCAUACUUGGAUGGUGUUUCGAAAGGCAGCAUGUUCGACUCAUGCCCCGCGGUCCCAUAUGUCCGUACAGAAUGA